AUGCUUCCAAAGACGUCAGACAUCGACACGGAAAGCUUUGCACGAAGCCAGAGGCGGCAAAAUCGGUUCUGCAUUCUCAUCCAUCCAUGCACGUCGGUUUCGCAACAUCUCCUUUCUUUCCUUUCCUUGACGGGCGAGCUUCGCCGUCCGGCACCAGGGUCGCUGUUCACCAUAUCCAAUGAUUCUCAGGCCACUGCGCACGAGUCGACGCCUUUGCUAUCAACAGUCUAUCAGCCAGAUCACGCGGAGCCGACGUCCCUGGACAGCAGCGAUGCUGGUGCCGAAUCGACAAGCGAUGCUGCCCCCACCACAAGCGCACAGCAGACAUGGCUGGAUUGUUCGACAAGACAAGCCCUUGUCGCUGUAAUUGUAGCCAACUUGCUGGUCGCGUUGGGCCACUAUGUUGCCAUCAGCUCCAUCGUGGAUCUCAUCCGUGGGCUCAGCUGCCAAGAGUACUACUUGCUGCAUUCUGUCCAAUCGAGUCGAUCUAGCGGUCAGCGCGACUGCAGCCUAGUCGAAGUUCAAGAUCGCACCUCGACGAUCUUCUCCUACAUGCUCAGCAUCAACAGCUUCAUCUCGUGCCUUUCUGCGCUGUGCUUAGCACCCUGGCUGCUUCGACUUCUUGGGCGUCGCCUCACCAUGAUCAUUGCUGUCCUCGCACCUACUGCAGAGCUUUUUGUGCUCACAAGUGUCCCCAAUAGUUUUGCACGCGCCGACGCCUGGAUCCAAUCCCCCACGGCAUCUCUUCGCUUGCUGCUACUCGAGUCGAUGCUCUUCGGCCUGGUUGGAUGCCCUGACACACUGAUCGGCAUUGUCUCGCAGUCGAUCGUCCUUGACGCUGCUCCAGCAACACUGCGCUCCACCUGGCUUGCCCGCUUGUCGUCCUGCACCUUUCUCGGCAUGCUCGCUUCCACCUUGCUUCUCAACACUCUAUCGCUCGACACCUCUCGCGAUGAUGUCUCCGACAAGCUCCCCAUCUUGCUCGGAGCUCUCGUCUCCACAGCGGCUCUCUUGUGGACCUGCAUGUCCUUGCCGUCUCACAUGCCAGACAACACGGCUCGUCAAGAUGCAAGCUUUGAAUCGACCAACACUGUCGAUGGGACUCGUUCAACAGUUUGGAGCCUCAAGGCACACCUACUUCGAGCAACGCAGCCCCUUCAACUCUUGCAGCCCAUCAAAAACGAUAACCAGACACAAGGUGGUCCAAAACGACGGGAUUGGCGUCUGACAAAACUCAUCCUAGCUGCUACGCUCUGCGAUCAGAUUGCUCUCACCACAAACUUGCAGGUCAUUUACAUUCAGACCCGCUUUAGCCUACAUGCUCAGGAUCUUAGUCGGCUGUUGGGCCUCGUUGGCCUGAUCAAGUGGGUCUACCUUGUGCUCAUCUUUCCUCGCAUCGCAAAUGCCAUCCGCCUUCGAUACCGCACAGGAGCUAUCAUGGGAAUCGGUAACAACAACAGCCCUGGUCUCAAAAGCGCCGCUGCCGCAGCAGAUCGCCUGAUCGCAGUGAUUUCCAUGUCCAUCGAUGUCUUGGCUUGGGCUGUGAUCAUCGUCGCGGGCAGAGCGCUCAACUACCCGACGUAUCUUCUCGGACUGACCCUGUAUGCGCUUGCUGGAGCAAACGUGUCAUCUAUCACAUCCCUUGCUUCCAUCUUGCUUCCCCACCAAGUCAGUACAGAAAACCUUGUUGCGACGCUCUCGUCGCUUGCAAAUAUCAUGAGCACGAUUGGACCCAUCUUGAAUGCCAAUCUCUACCGUUUUGGCCUCAAGAGGGGCUUUCCAGAGAUCGUUUUUGCCAUGGCAGCUGCCAUCUCGGUUGCAGUGGCAGGGAUGGUAGCCGCAACGAGUCCCUCGCGUAUUGAAGGAAGCAUAGGGGUGAGCUUUGAGAAGACGACGUUGAGCUUGGACUUCCUUACAUUCCAACCAUCGACGCUUACCUCACGACUACACUAUAACGAUUGUGUUGACAACGGACCUUCCUUCCUCGUCUUCUGCAACGACGAAACACGCUCUGCCACAAUGAACCAAAGCAACGACUUGUAUGAUCGUGGCGACGUCGAAAUCUUCUACAUGGGCAAAGGCACCUACCGUCAAGUUGUCCAAGGUGACGGACGCAAAGCAAUGCAACAAUUCCUUGACGUCCUACAGAGGUUCGAGAAGGAUCCAAGGUUUUCCGUUAAAAGUGCGCACUGGGAGCCGGCCAGAGCCACUAUCUUUGUGCGGGACGAUGCUCCAGAAAGCGACAAUGUGGCUUGCACGUUCGAGGUUGAAGACGUCAAGCACUAG